CAAACGCCACAGUGAAUUUACCUCGUCAGUCUGGUUUGUUGAAUCCCAUCAGUACGAACACAGAAAGAAGUCUCGGCGUCGGGGACAUAGUAUCAUCGACAUGAAAAUAUUCAUAUUGUUAGUGUUGUGUUUGACGGUGUUCUCGACAUGGUCGAUUCCAGUGCAGACAGAUAAUACGAAGAAAGCAGAAACUGAAAAUCCGUCACCCAGUCAAACGGUGCAGUUACUUCAGAAAAAGCUAGUGGAUUUGCAGACAAACUUACAACGUCUUGGGGUAACAAUCGACGCAGCUGAACAUUCGGAGACCGACUAUGAAACAGUAGAUCCUGUUGCAGAACAACUGGCACAUGCUAUGGGGUUUCGUCUGUCAAAAUACGACGAAGUGGAGACUAAUUCGGAGCAAACUGGUAGCCACGACCCACCACCGAUUGAUACGACAGAAACGAAGACAGUACAUAUAAGUGACGAUAAGGUUAUACAAGAGACGGUGGUGGCAGAAGAAGAGAUUGGACUAACAUCUGAUGAAGCACAUCUUUUUGAGAUGCUGAAGGAGAAAGUUUCUGGGAAAAGGCGAGGAAAUGUGUUAAGGUCGUUCCUGGAAGAAAGCAUAGGACAACAUCAAGAAAAAACAGAUGAUGAUAACGAACGCAAUGUCAAAGAAGCUGCUGAACUCUCAGACGAAAUUGAAGAUCUAAAAGCCAGUGAUCUUUCAGAGGCCGCUCCAUCUAAUGACAACCCAUCUCAAUCUGCAAUACCCGAUAUUGAAGCAGAAGUUAGCCUUGCUGAGGAGAAGCCUCACUCUGAUACAGAGGUUGGACCAGUGCAUGCGCAAUUAGAGGAUGUUGAAAGUAAAAUUCUUCAUGAGUUGAAAGAAGCUUCGGAGCGUGGAAUAAGUUUAAAUGACCUUAUCGACGACGUCACUGCCAAAGAAAAAGCUGCACUUGAGAAGGAGACCUAUGAAUUAGCCGAGCAAUUGAGCGCUACCCGACGUGAAUUGGAGAAGAUGCAAAGAACAUCUAAUUAG